CCCUAAGGUGUGAGUCCUGGGGGUCCUGUAUCUUCUACCAGAGGGCAGGAGGGAGAACAGACUGUUGUGGGGGUGUGUUGUGUCCUUAAUGACCCUCAGGGACUUCCUGACGCUGGGAAGUCCAGGAUCCAGUCACACAGUGGUGUGUUCAGGCCCAGAUCCUUGAGCUUACUGACGAGCCUGGAGGGCACUAUGGUGUUGAACGCUGAGCUGUAAUCCACGAACAGCAUCCUCACAUAGGUGUCCCUUCCUUCCAGGUGGGAGAGGGCGGUGUGUAGUACAUGGGCGAUGGCGUCCACUGUGCCUCUGUUUGGGCGGUAUGCAAAUUGCGGUAUGCAAACUGCAGCUAUGUGCCGUGCAGUAUGUGCAAGAGAGAAAGAAUCCUGAAAAACUGCUUUGUCCGUAGCUGCUCCUGAAGAGGUGUCUCUUAACAAACCAAGUUGCAUUCUUACUACAAACACUGUGCUUCUCACUGCUGCUAGCAACUUAGACUUAGACUUAGACUUAGAUACAGCAACAGAUCACACAGUAACAGAAUAUUAACUUAUUGACUUUUUUCUUUUGCUUUUUGUUUUGCCGUUUGCCAUGAUCAUGACUGAAAACAGAAGGAUCGUGAAGGAAGGGACUCAAACUUUGUAUCUGCUUUUUAUCUCAGGAUUUUGCUCCUUUGCACUGGGAUCUUCAGAUUUUCACCUUAUUACUAUUUCUAAGAACUACACAGAAGCAAAGACCUAUUGCAGAGAGAUGUACACUGAUUUAGCCACAGUUCACAACUCAACGGAUAUGGAUAAUUUGAUCACUUUAGUUCCAAGUACCACUGCCAGAGCCUGGAUAGGACUUGAGACUGGAGAUGUGCGGAUGUGGCAUUGGUCCUGGCCUGAUCAAAAGCUGGAUUAUUUUAACUGGAAGGCAGGAGAGCCACAAAUAAAUAAUGAAGAUGCGUGCGCAGCAAUGGAUCAACACAGCGAGUGGAUUGAAAGCGAUUGUGGAACUAAAAGAAGUUUUGUUUGUCAUGGCAACAGUAAUACCAGCGGUCUCAUUUUUGUUGCUGAGACCAAAUCAUGGAGGGACGCACAGAAUUAUUGCAGGGGCUUGUCGUCUGAUCUCAUUAGCAUACACUCAGCAAAAGAGAAUGAGGCAGUACAUAAUGUGUCGGUGUCACAAAAUGUGUGGAUCGGCCUCUUCAAAGAUCCCUGGAAGUGGUCUGAUGGGAGCGAGUCAUCGUUUCGUUACUGGAAACCCAAUCAGCCAAACUACCGUAGAGGUCAGAAUUGUGCUGCCGCUAUAUUCAAAGAUGAAGGGCAGUGGAAUGACCUGAAUUGUGCCGGCAAACGCAAAUUUGUUUGUCGUGGGGCAAGAAAAUCAAUUCCAACAAGCACCAUUCAAACAAGUACACAGGACACGCCAGCAAAUCUGACAACUGUUUCAAACACUUCAUCUCAAGAGGUCAUGUUGACAUAUCAUUUGACUGUGGAUACUACCAAUCAAUCACACACUACCAAUGUUACCACCGAAGAAGCAAAAACCAACAGUGAACCGACAACACCAAAUACCACAGAUCUUGUGUCAAAUACCUCAAGCACUGAGCUCAACAAUGCAACUACAGAGAUGACAACUGUGACAGCGACACAGCAACCUCUCACAACGACUGCACAAGUGACCCCAGACAGUGUCUCUACGUUAACAACACUGAUGGGGACUUCAGCCCAGAACACAACACAGUUCUCAACGCUAAAGCCCACUGAAAACAGUUUUCCUAUAGAAAUGACAACUGUGACCGCAACACAGCAACCUCUCACAACGACUGCUGAAGUGACGCCAGACGGUGUCUCGACGUUAACAACACUGAUGGAGAUUUCAGCCCAGAACACAACCCAGUCCUCAACACUAAAGCCCAUUGAAAACAUUUUUCCUACAGGAAACUUGAUACUAAUCCAAGAAAAUAUGACAUGGAUUGAAGCUAUGGAUUACUGCAGGGAGCACCAUAUUGACCUUGUCCAGAUUACCACCAAAGACAUUCAGGGGAAGGUGGCUGAAAUGGCAAAUAACGCCACAUCACCCCAUGUUUGGCUAGGUCUACGGUACACUUGUAAAUUUAACUUUUGGUUCUGGACUAAGUCAACUACUGGCUGUUAUCAGAACUGGGCCCCCGGACAAGGAUCUGAAGGGAAAUAUGACUGUGGUGCAACAGGUGCCAUUGAGGCCACUGGGAGGCAGCAGUGGGUAGGCUUGCCUGAGACAGAACAACUGAAUUUCAUCUGCUACGCAUGCACUGGAUGAGUGUGCAUGUUAUUAUUGCAACUUUCAUAAUGCUGUAAAUUACACAAUAGUUCUGGUUAUACAAGCUUUGGUGUUUAAAAAUUAAUAUGUUUUUUCAGUUAUUGAUUCAACAUUAAAUACAAUGUUUUUGACAGCAUCAAGCUAGUGCGAACUUCAACAGAGAUAUCAUGGCUUUUUUAAUGCGCACGUAUGACGUCAUACUUCUACCUUUGUUGAAAUACAGCUGCCUUCUCUAUUGUUGAGACUGAAUUUCAUUAAAUAUGAAAACCUCAUGUGGUGUGUAGGCGUGCACAUUCACAGUCAUGGGCAGCAAGAGUAAUGUGAGAACAUUGAUCUGCCUCUGUGCCUUUCACUCAGGGGUUACUAUUUGCAUGUUGACCCCCUGGGUUGGGCCCCAAGAUUGUUCUUUUUUAGACCACCAGAGUGUGGCCCCCGAUCCAGACGGCCUGCUGCCCUCACUGACCUGACCUUCACUAGCGGCCACAUGGAAGACAGAGCUCACAGACACUCACCUUCCUGUCUGCACCCUUGAUGUAGACGGAGCAUCUACAAACAUUGGAACUGGAAACGAUACAACAUUUUAACUGAUUCGUUAAUCUCAAAAUGUAUGAUAAAAAUGCAACUGUGAACAGGCUGUUCUGACUGUUAUCAACCGGCUUGUUACAUAGAACCGACAUUUCUUUUUAAAUGAAUGGCUCAAGAUGUUUGAAUGGGCUUUAAUUGUCAGUUGGUACACGUUAAAGUCUAUAUUGCUUAAGGUGGAAAAAGAAGAAACUGAAGAAAAGCCCUUCUAAGGACAGGUGUUGUAAAUUAGCAUUCACUAUAAACACUACAUUGCAUUG